CAGUGUUACCAAGUGUUACUACCAGCAGUACCAGCCAGUUACUGCUAGUUACUACAUUUUGAAUGCCGGUAUUUUAGAGAGUAUUUUACAAACUGAGUCCUCGGGCGUUUACCACUAGCGGCUAUAAGUGCAGGUGGUGGAAGUAUUGACAACGUGUCGCGGUGUAGUACGUUACAGAAAUUGCAUCAGCAAAAUUAUAGCAUAAGAAAAAGCAUAAGAGGAAAAGGAAAAAAAAAGAAGUUUAUAUUAAAAGGAAACAUGUCCGACAAGAAGAGUCCAGAUUUAUCACCUGAUGCUAUUUAUACUUCUCAAAAGAAUGGCAGCGAUGAAACAGGCAGUGGUUCUGAAUGUAAUCCCUUUAAAACAAUUUUAAAAGCAAUGCGUUAUGCAGGAAAGGAGCCAUUCCCACCAAUUUAUCAAGAUUCUCAAGAAAAUGGUAAAAAGUAUGAAAUAGUUUCUAAGUCACAAUUAAAAAAAGCACAAAAAAUAUGGAUAAGAGAACAAUAUAAAAAUGAAGAAAAACAAAAAAAGUUAUUGGAGGAUGAAGAAAAAAGGUUGAAAAACUUAGAGGAGGCUAAAACAAUUGUAAUUAAAAAAGACGAUACUUUAGCACCUGCUACAGUUAUAAAAAUUCAAAAAAGCAUUCAGUACACAGGUCAACGUGUAAAACUGUUUGGAUGGGUGCACAGACUCAGGCGACAAGGCAAGGCAUUGAUGUUUAUUACACUGAGGGAUGGAACUGGCUUCCUGCAGUGUGUAUUUAAUGACAUCUUAUGCCAAACAUACGAGGCAUUAACAUUAUCUACAGAAGCUUCCAUCGAAGUAUUUGGAACACUCCAAAUUGUUCCAGAUGGGAAAAAUGCUCCAAAUGGACAUGAAUUGCAUGUUGACUAUUGGAAAUUAAUAGGUUUGUCUCCUCCUGGUGGUGCAGAUUCUAUUUUAAACGAAGAAGCUCUUCCCGAUGUGCAACUGGAUAACAGACACAUCAUGAUACGUGGUGAAAAUACAUCUCGUAUACUGAUUAUGAGAUCUGUCUUGAUGCAAGCAUUCAGGGAUCAUUAUAGAGAAAAUGAUUACUGUGAAGUGACACCACCAACCUUGGUGCAAACACAGGUAGAAGGGGGAUCUACGUUGUUUAAGCUGGAUUAUUUCGGAGAAGAAGCGUUUCUAACUCAGAGUUCGCAGCUUUAUCUCGAGACUUGUCUGCCUGCAAUGGGUGACGUUUAUUGUAUCGCCCAAUCUUACAGAGCCGAACAGUCUAGGACUAGAAGACACCUCGCAGAAUAUACACACGUGGAGGCAGAGUGUGCAUUCAUUACAUUCGAAGAAUUGCUUGAUCGAUUGGAAGAUCUCAUAUGCGAUGUCGUGAACCGUGUGCUGAGUUCGCCUCUUGGUCAUCUCGUAAAAGAAUUGAAUCCUAAUUUCAAAGUACCAAAGAAACCGUUCAAGAGGAUGAAUUACAGUGAUGCGAUCGAAUAUCUUCGGGCUAACGGUAUAACUAAGGAAGACGGGACAUUCUAUGAAUUUGGAGAGGAUAUCCCUGAAAUGCCCGAGAGAAAAAUGACCGACGCAAUCAACGAACCGAUAAUGCUGUGUAGGUUUCCUGCGGAAAUAAAGUCGUUUUAUAUGCAACGUUGUGCAGACGAUGACCGCCUAACAGAAUCCGUAGAUGUGCUUUUACCGAAUGUUGGUGAAAUAGUUGGUGGUUCGAUGCGUGUUUGGCAUUAUGAUGAAUUAUUGGAGGGUUAUUCUCGCGAAAACAUUGAUCCGAAACUGUAUUAUUGGUACACAGAUCAGCGAAAGUAUGGAACUUGUCCCCAUGGUGGAUACGGACUGGGACUCGAAAGGUUUCUUUGUUGGCUUUUAAAUAGAUUCUGUAAAAGCGUCUGA